GCAGCAGCAGCAGCAUCAGCAACAGCAGCAGCAGCAGCAGCACAGCAGCAGCAGCAGCAGCAGUCAGCAGCAGCAACAGCAACAGCGGCAGCAGCAGCAGCACAGACAACAACAACAGCAGCAGCAACAGCAGACAGCAGCCGCAGCAGCAACAGCCUGCAGCAGGCAGCAGCAUCAGCAGCAGCAGCAGCAGCAGCAGCAACACAGCAGCAGCAGGCAGCAGCAACAGCAGCAGCAGCAGCAGCAGCAGCACCAGCAGCAAGCACAGCAACAGCAACAUCAGCAGCAGCAGCAGCAGCAGCACAACAACAUCAGCAGCACAGCACACACAGCGCAGCAGCAAGCAGCAGUCAGCAGACAGCAGCAGCAGCAGAACAGAGCAGGCAGCAGCAGACAUCAGCAGCAGCAGGCAGCAGCACAGCAGCAGCAGCAGCAGCAGGCAGCAUGCAGCAACACCAACAGCGCAAAGCAGCAGCAGCAGCAGCAGCAGUCAGCACAGCAGCAGCAGCACCGCAAGCAGAUAGGGCAUCAGUCAAGCAGCAGCAUCAGCAUACAGUUCGGAGGCGGCAGCGGCGGGGGCGGCGGAUGGGAGGCAGCGUGAGCGGGGGACAGCGGCGGGGGUCGGCGGCGGAGGGUCGGCGGCGGGGACGCGGAGGUCGGGGUGGCGGGAGGCGGUGGGGCGUGCGGCGGGGGCGGAGGAUGCGCAAGACAAGGACCGACCGUGCAAGAUGGGACACUGAAGGCCGCAGAAGAACCAAAAGAAAACACGAGUACGAAAGAUUCCACACAACAAAAUGA